GUCCCACUGCUCGAGCUUUGCGUUCCCCCACAUCCUCAACGUUCAAUGCCUUUCUCCCUCUUCCCUCUUCCCUCUUCCCUUAGUGUGCUUCGUCCCCCUUCAGGAUCGCUGAUCAGUCACGUCUAUGAGCAGAGAGGCAUGAUGUAAAAACUUCGUACAUAUAUAGCCUGUCUGUGUGAGAGGACACCUGCGAAUCGAAUGACCUGCGAAUGAGCCGUGGGGACACAAAUGCAGGGCGGCUAGCCAAUGUUCUCCCAACGACUGGGGGGCAGGUUUUUCUUUCCAGAAGCAAGGCCUUGUUGCUCUCCAAGGAGCCGGUGAUCCACCUCGAUGACAACCGUGCGCCAUCUCAACACGCACCUGCUCCUACGCUCCAACUCAUCGACCUUCCGUUUCUGAUGUUGAGUCUAUUGGAUGCUCGGGAGCCUGCCUACCCAUCUCCCUCCGCCCCAACCUCUCAUGUUCAUUGGGAGCAGUCGUGCAUUGGAGGAGCCCUCGAGUUCCACCCGCAUAUGCUGCUGGUGCCGUUCACCUUCAAUAAGCACCGCCGUUCAAGUCAAGCAAUGAUAAGUCCAGGGCCUGCAAUUUCGCAGCGGACUGGAUCGUCAACUCGGUCAAUGCAGCCUUCGCCUACAAACUCAAUACAUGUGCGACCUUCGAGGGAGCUGGAUGACAACUACGAUGAGAGGUUGCAGAGACUCUCAUGCACCUCCACUGUGUGGAAGAGUACUUCGUACUGGGUUAUGUACCAAGGAAUAUACUGAUCGACCGGAGAGGUUGAGAGACCUUAGGGAGAGAAGAAGAAAGAGGUUGGGGCCGUAUAAGAUGAAAAUAAUUGAAAUAGAAUGAAUAAUAAUAGAACAAAUGAGAAUCGACUAAAUGAACUACUCAGCUUUCAUUCGACAACCUAAUAUAGUAAUAAUUUCAAC